CAGUGGUUGCAUUUAGUUCGUGUGUUCAAAACAAAAGAAAAUUGACCAAUCCAAAAGAAAGUGUUGAAGAACCUAUCAAAAUGACCGAGUCUAACGGCAGUGCCAUCAAGGACGCCGAUGACAAUCGAUUGUCCCACUACAAAUCGAAUAUUGUUUUGAGUGAGUCCUUUGCGGACGCUGACAAAGAUCGCAACAAAUUCGAGCCAAAUAAAACGAAAAAGCAAUCGAAGCAUGACGCUGAGGGCAAGGAUGACAAACCGAAGGAUGACGUCAAGCCGGUCGGCUUCUUCACAAUGUUUCGCUAUGCAACGCAAAAGGAUCGCAUGCUCUAUGCUAUCGGAUUAGCCAGCGCUGUUGCAACCGGCCUGACAACGCCAGCGAACAGUUUGAUCUUUGGAAAUCUCGCCGACGACAUGAUUAAAAACAGUGUCGCAUUGGAUAGAACCGUGUAUAUGAAAGAUGCCGCCUCGGACACGUUGCUGGAUGCGGUGCAGUCCUUUUCGUUGAACAACACAUAUAUUGGAAUUAUUAUGCUGGUCUGCAGUUACUUGUCCAUCACCUGCUUCAACUAUGCCGCCCACUCUCAAAUUAUGGGCAUUCGCUCCAAGUUCUUUCAAUCGGUGCUGCAUCAGGACAUGAGCUGGUACGACAUGAAUCCCAGCGGCGAGGUGGCCAGCCGCAUGAAUGAAGAUCUAUCGAAGAUGGAGGACGGCUUGGGCGAGAAGGUUGUGAUUUUUGUGCAUUUCAUUGUUGCCUUCGUUGGAUCCGUUGUGCUGGCAUUCAUCAAGGGCUGGCAGCUCUCGCUGGUGUGCCUGACCAGUUUGCCCGUCACCUUCAUCGCCAUGGGCUUUGUGGCUGUGGCCACAUCCAAGCUGGCCAAGAUGGAGGUCAACAUAUAUGCCGGUGCCGCCGUUGUCGCCGAGGAAGCUUUGUCCGGCAUCCGCACAGUCAAGGCCUUUGAGGGCGAGCACAAAGAGGUUUUCGCCUACAAGGCGAAGGUUGUGGCUGCCAAAUUGCUGAACAUCAAGCGUAAUAUGUUCUCCGGCAUGGGUUUUGGCCUCCUGUGGUUCUUCAUCUAUGCCUCAUACGCGCUGGCCUUCUGGUAUGGUGUUGGCCUAGUCAUCAAGGGGCGCCACGAUGAAUACUAUGCCAACUACACGCCAGGCACCAUGAUCACCGUCUUCCUAUCGAUUAUGAUGGGCUCCAUGAACAUUGGCAUGGCAUCGCCUUAUAUUGAGGCGUUUGGCAUAGCCAAGGGUGCCUGUGCCAAGGUCUUCCAGAUCAUUGAGCAGAUCCCAACCAUCAAUCCAAUCGAGCCACGCGGCAAGAACCUGAAUGAGCCGCUGACGACCAUCGAGUUCCGCGACGUAGAGUUCCAGUAUCCCACCCGCAAGGAGAUACCGAUUUUGCAAAAGCUCAACCUGAAGAUCCAUCGCGGCCAGACGGUGGCCCUGGUCGGGCCGUCGGGCUGUGGCAAGUCUACUUGCAUACAGCUGAUACAGCGCUUCUAUGAUCCUCAAGCCGGAAAUGUUUUCUUCAAUGGCACAAACAUCAAGGACAUCAAUAUCAAGUAUCUGCGCGAACGUAUCGGAGUGGUUGGACAGGAGCCAGUGCUCUUUGGCCAGUCCAUAUACGAGAAUAUACGCUACGGCCGAGAGGAUGCCACCAGGGCGGAUAUCGAGGCGGCUGCCGCAGCAGCAAAUGCUGCCAUAUUCAUUAAGAAGCUACCCAAGGGCUACGACACGCUGGUGGGCGAACGUGGAGCCCAGCUGUCUGGCGGUCAGAAACAGCGCAUUGCCAUUGCCCGCGCUCUGAUUCGUGAUCCGGAAAUUCUGCUACUAGACGAGGCGACCUCGGCCCUCGACACGGCUAGCGAAUCCAAGGUGCAGGCUGCCCUCGAGAAGGUCAGCCAAGGCCGCACCACCAUCAUUGUGGCGCAUCGUCUGUCCACAGUGCGACGCGCCGACAAAAUUGUGGUGAUCAACAACGGCGAGGUCGUGGAGUCCGGCACCCAUCAGGAACUGAUGUCCAUAAGGAAUCACUACUUCAACUUAGUCACCACACAGAUGGGCGAAGAUGAUGGCGGCGUGCUCAGUCCCAGUGGAAACAUGCUUAAGAACUUCGAUAUCAAGGAUGAGGAUGAGCAGGAAAUUAAGGUAUUAGACGACGAGGACGUCGACGACCAAAUAGGUAAAUUAGAUAAAAAGAAGAAGAGAAACAAGUCAGACCCUAAGGAACCCUCGCCCAUGAUGGGCGUCAUGAGAUUGAACCAGCCCGAAUGGAUCCAAAUCGCUGUCGGCUGCAUUUGCUCAGUUAUAAUGGGCUGUGCCAUGCCCAUUUUUGCGAUACUCUUCGGCAGCAUACUCGAGGUGCUGACAUCCCCAGAUGAUGACUACGUUCGAGAGAACACAAACCAAUACAGUCUAUACUUUCUGAUCUGUGGUAUUGUCGUUGGCAUCGCCACCUUCUUGCAAAUCUAUCUCUUCGGCAUCGCCGGCGAACACCUGACGGAGCGUCUGCGCGGUCUUCUCUUCAGUGCGAUGCUCAAACAGGAGGUGUCCUGGUUCGAUGAUCGUGCCAAUGGCACUGGAAAUCUCUGCGCCCGUCUCUCCGGCGAUGCAGCCGCCGUACAGGGUGCAACUGGUCAACGUAUUGGCAGCAUUAUCCAAUCGGUUGCAACCUUGCUGCUAGGCAUCGCCUUGGCCAUGUACUACGAGUGGAGCUUGGGUCUGGUGGCCAUGGCGUUUAUACCCUUCAUUCUGGUUUCCUUCUACAUGCAACGCAUAGUCAUGGCGCAGGAGAACAUGGGCAAUGCCAAGAUCAUGGAGAACACAACUAAGCUAGCCGUCGAGGUGGUAUCAAAUAUACGCACAGUCGUAUCGCUGGCUCGCGAGGACAUGUUCCAUCGAACCUACAUUGAAAUUCUGACACCAGCCGUCGUGAAAUCGAAGAGGAACACGCACUAUCGAGGCCUAGUCUUUGGCCUGGCCAGAUCAAUGAUGUUCUUCGCAUAUGCCGCAUGCAUGUACUAUGGCGCCUGGUGCGUGGUCAAUCGGAACCUACAGAUGGGCAAUGUAUUCAAAGUUUCCCAGGCCUUGAUCAUGGGCACCGCCUCCAUUGCCAGCGCGCUGGCCUUUGCGCCCAACAUGCAAAAGGGCAUAACUGCGGCCCAGAGCAUAUUGAAAUUCCUGGAACGUAAGCCACUGAUUGCCGACAGUCCGGGCGUCUCUCUGCAGCCCUGGCAUUCCAAUGGCAAUGUUAUGUUCGACAAGGUGGAGUUCAGCUAUCCGACGCGUCGGGAGGUCCAGGUGCUGCGCGAGCUAGUUAUGGCGGUGCAAUCUGGCCAGAAAGUUGCAUUGGUCGGUCCUUCCGGCUGUGGCAAGUCCACGUGCAUUCAGCUGCUGCAGCGCUUCUACGACGUGGACGCUGGCGCUGUGCUGAUCGAUGACAACGAUAUUCGCCAACUGGCCAUGAGCAAUCUGCGCAUGCAGCUGGGCAUAGUGUCCCAGGAGCCAAUACUCUUCGAUCGCUCCAUACGUGAGAACAUUGCGUAUGGCGACAACUCGCGCAUCGUCACCGAUCAAGAGAUCAUUGCAGCGGCUAAGAAGUCCAACAUACAUCAGUUCAUUGCCAAUUUGCCAUUGGGCUACGAAACGCGAAUGGGCGAGAAGGGCACUCAGCUGUCUGGCGGACAGAAACAGCGCAUUGCCAUUGCUCGUGCUCUGAUUAGGAACCCGAAGAUUCUCCUAUUGGACGAGGCGACAUCCGCAUUGGAUGCAGAAAGCGAGAAGAUCGUUCAAGAAGCAUUGGACGCUGCUGCUGAGGGACGCACCACAAUCAGCAUAGCCCACAGAUUGUCCACCAUCGUCGACUCCGAUGUGAUCUACGUAUUUGAGAAUGGAGUAGUCUGCGAAAGCGGCACACACAAAGAGCUCCUGCAGAACCGUGGCCUCUACCACACCUUGUACAAACUGCAAACUGGCGCCAUGUAAAUAUUGACAGCGCGAUCAAUAUUUAUCCAUUAGAAUAACAAAUUUCGAUCAAUGAAAAUCUAGUAUUUAAGAGCGAUUAGUAUUGAUUAGUAGCCUGUAAAUACAAAAGUAAGACCGACACAUUUAGUGUAAAUAGUAGGAUUUUAGCACCUAAGACAUAUUUAUGAAUUUACCGACAUUGUUGAAAAAUAAAACGAAAACAAUAUCAAUUAA